AUGGAUACGGGUGCCGAAGUCAGUAUUAUUCCGGCGACACCGUUCUACGAAAGAACUCGACAGCAACCCUUCCCGCUCAGGGUCGUCAACUCAUCCUCCAUCGCCACGUACGGCCAACGUUCGCAUACCAUCGACGUUGGCCUUCGCAGCUGCUUCCAGUGGUUAUUUUGGAUUGCCACUGUCCGUCAUGCUAUCCUUGGAGCCGAUUUCAUCCGCCACUUGGGACUGCUUGUUGACGUCGCCCGCCGACGACUGAUUGACGCCAAUACGCACCUUACUGUUCACGCCGUUGCCACCACAUUGCAGCCGCUGCAUCCCACUGUCGUUCCGGCUGCCGCCACGUCUGUUUUUGAAGCGAUACUUCAAGAGUUUCCCGAUAUUACUCGCCCACCUAACGUCAACAGCCCGGUCAAGCACCAUGUCACACAUUUUCAUCACGACAAGGGGCACGCCGGUACACUGCCGGCCACGGCGUCUCGCUCGAGAACGUCUUAA